GACUUUUAUUUUGACUCUGUGUGGCGCGUUCACUUCCGGUGACUGCUGUGAGUGUUUUUGGAGACGAGCGGCGGCUGUUUUGAAAGAACAUGAGUAACGAAUCUGAUUCUGAUCUCGAUGAAAGAAUCGAAUUAUUAAAACAGAAAUAUUUGCAGAGGCGAAAUCAGGUUCCAGACACAUUUGCACUGCCGUCAGCUGAUGAUGGAGGUGGAGUGAGGAGUCAGACGCGCAGAGAGAUGAGAGAUUAUAAGAAAGCCCUCAGAGAGAUCUACAGGUCUCGAAGGAGACCUGACAGUGCUGAAGAUGAUUCUCCUGAAGAAACGAACGUAUUAUGCACAGAGACAGAUGUGACCUUGCCAUCAAAUCUGGCCCGUUCAUCAAGUUCCUCUGUGUUGAACGUCAGAGGGAAGGACGUCAUGGAAGAAACCCAGAGCCCGAGCAGCGGCGCAGCGGCAGCCGUUCACGUGUAUCAAGAGAUGCUGCACAUUUAUGAGAAGCUGCAGGCGGAGCGGCUCAGUCAGCAGGUGUGGGCGGCAGAACUGUGUGAGCGCGAGCGUGAGCUCCAGCAGAGAGAAAACACACUACUGCAGCACCAGCGCAGCGUUCACAGACUCAAAGCAGUGGAGGAGGAAGUGCUCAGACGCGUCCAGUCGCUGCAGCAGAAAUAUCAGCAAGAGACAAAUGAGCUGGAAGCUGCUCUGAAGCACAAGACCAAAGAGAACAAGAGGAUGAAGUCCAGUUUUGAUUCCAUGAAGGAAUUAAAUGAUUCUAUGAAGAAACAGCUUAAUGAGGUCAGUGAGCAGAACAGGAAGUUGGAAUGUCAGUCACGGAAAGUUCAAGCUCGGCUGGAGAACCUGCAGAGAAAGUACGAGUCCUUCAUGACACACCGGGGCCGAGAACCUGCCGUUCCCAAAGCCUGCAAACCAGAAAAUCCUCCAUCAAAUAAAGCAGCAGGCAAGGCCGGCGUUCACGGCCCCUCAGUGAAGCUGCUGGCGCUUCUGUUGGAUUGGGUCGUGGACGGUCAGCUGGUAGAGGUCAGAGACGGGUCGAACCUCACCGGCCCCGAGCCAUACGCCACACUGCGCCCUUCACUGCAUGAGAGAUGCGCCAAGGCGUUGCCUGUGCUGGUGGAGCAGCUUCAUCAGACCCCUGCGAUGGAGCCGUCACUGCUGCUGUCUCUGCUGCGCUGCGUCUACUGCUGCCUGCUGCUUCUGGAGCGCAGCUCACAGCACACUGUCCUGACCUCCACGCUGAGGAGGCUGGGUGAGGAGGUGUCUCGUGGAUCAUGUGACCCGGCUCGCCCGCGGGCCUGUCCGCUGUUUAAGAGCUCCUGUCUCCACACGCGCUUCCUGUGCAGCCUCAUCGUCAUCAAAACCAUCAGUCAAGGUCAUCCAUGUCUGGGCAAAUUGGACGUUCUGGCUCAGGCUGUAGACGUUGUGUCCUGUGCGGUGCGGACCGAUGAAGGACAGACGCUCUUCCUGGAGUACCGGGCUCUGCCGGCGGUUCUGGCUCUGCUGAGAGGUGGCAGUCCCGGUCUGCUGGCUCCGUCCAUAGACGUCCUGCUACAGAUGAGCUCAGAGUCACGGAUGCUGUCGGCUUUUCUGGAUCAGUGCAGCACUGAAGAUUUCUUCCGCUGCGCCUCGCUGUUCCUCCGUAACCCUCGUCUGGAGCCGGCGCUGAUGGAGAAGAUGCUCAUGCUCCUCCAGAAGCUCUCCAGUGUCCGGAAGAACAAGCGUCUGUUUGAAGUGUCGUCGCUGCAUUUGUUGCUGCAGGAGAUGCACAGAACCGCUGACCGCUCUCAAGCCUUCCUCAACAUCAACCUCAGCUCCAUCCUGCUCAACCUGGGCCUGCUCACACGCUCAUAACACACUCACAACACACUCACAACACGCUCACAACGUCAUUAUUCAUCACACCUCUGUGCCUUGAUGCUUUCUGUGUUGUGCAGAAUGUCUGAGCUGCAGUUUUCCACACCGAACUGGAUGAUUUUAUACCAUCAAGCUCCAAAAAGACUUCUGGAGAGGAAGAUUAUCAGUGAAUAAUAAUCAGCGAGGGUUUGAUCAUCACACCAAACAACCUGUUACGAUACUUUAGUGGUGUUUUUGGCUUUUUAGAGCAUCAUCCACUGCAAAGAGCAGUUCAGACAUUCUGAUAAACGUCGUCUUUUGUGUUUUACAAAAGAAAAUUCUAUGCAGUGCACUUUUAUUUAUUUUUUUUGUAUACAUUGCAAUAAUGAAUUUGAUGUUUUAAUACAUUUAACACUGUUAAACUUGUCUCUGGUUAGUGAUGUGGAGAGAAUGUGCCUGAUCAUGUGCACUGCAAAAAUAUUUUAAAAAUAAAAUUUCCAUUCAUUUGGAUUAUGCCAUUUUAAUAUUAACUAAUAAACAUAAUGUGAUGCAUAUUUGUCGGUCAUGCAUAAAUGAAACCAGUACGAUUUCUGUAAUAGUACUGAUAAACUGAAUGUGUUUUAAUAUAUUUAUCAUCAGUAAAUCUCUCAAUGAAUAUUGCUUAUU